UAUGGAGCCAGAAGGAGCCUCGUUCACCACUCAGUCUCGACGUCUUCAGCAAGUAACAAGAUUCCAGCUCCAAUGCCUCCUCGAACCACAGAGCUCGACAAGUUUUUCCCGCUCCCAUCGGAAGCGCCUUCUAACAAGGCUCCAGUACGCUUGGCUGGUUUCUCCCACAAGUCUGGCGAGGCACUUGCCAAGGCGCUACAGGACGACCAUGUCAAAUGGCACGCGUUUUUCAACGACUUUGGUUUCCACAACCAUGCUUCACAUCACCUCGUUGCCAUUUACGCCCUCGGUGCGAAUAGUACGCUCAUAGAGGCAGCGUACCAAACGCACGUCGUGUACAUGCGACCAGCUUUCGAGUCUCCAGAGCCAGUGAAUGCGACGAAUUUUUGGAAGCACCUUGGCAAACACGAUUUCUAUAAUUCAUACCUGAAGUUCUUCAGGGAUCUCCUACUGAAGAAGGAUGUCACUGAAGUCCUUGAGGAAUACAUCUUUUCCGCCAAGGCGAAUAUCGGCGGCUCUGACACCGAAGGGCAGCCAAGGAUGCUCAACCGGUUCUUUGCGGCGGUUAUCCAUCCGAUGAUUCACAUCGGGAACGGCCUAGAGUUCGGUAUUCUGGGCCUUGUCGCGGAGGGUCUUGCUCAGACAGCAGUGCAUGGGGACGAAGGUAAUCGGCUCAUCCCGCCUUCACUAUUUGAAUUGCAGACUACAUCGACAUCGUCGGCCGUCGCUCGCCUCACUGCUUCGCUGCCGUUGCUCACGCUCAGCACAGAGCCCUCCGCUAACUGGGCGGCUCGAGUCGAUGGGAAGAAAGCUAGGAUUCAUGCCUUCACGGCUCUGGCACGUAUCCUAGCCGAUCCCAGGUUUGCGCCCGCCGCCUUGGGCCUGCCGAGCCCGCAGGGACAAUCGCCCAUAGAUCUCGUCCAGACGCAUGUAGGGGACACUCUGAUCAACAUCGUUGCUGAGUGGGCCGCCGAACUCGAAGGUGACAAUGUGUCCACUGCUGUCAUCGAGAAGAAGAUCGAAGAGGUCACCUGGCUGAACGCCCUCAUCUACGGAGUGGGUGGUUGGGGCGGCCGGCAGAGGUCUCAGAAUAAGGAGUUCAAUGCGGACUUCUUCAGCAUGCAUUUAGUUACCUCGAGCAUCUUCCUUCCAUCGCUCGUCGCCUACCUCUCGCCCCGAUCUGCCGCGAUCCUGCUUCGAGGGUACUUUACCAUCUCUCUUGUGUGGUACAUUGUCCGUGGCCGUCCCGUUAUCCCCGUGCGCGAGUUCUAUGAGGGAACAACGGAUAAGCCUGUCCAACCCGGAGAGCCGCAGGUUGUUCCGGCAGAUACAACGCUCACUCCCGAGGAUGUAUCGCCUAAUCCGUGGCUUCCCAUCAUCCAAACCACUUUGGUCCAUCCUGCAGAGCAUCUGUGCAAACUCCAACGCUCCCUGCUGCACAACGCGACCUUGUACGGAGCGCGAGCCGCAGGCGACUUUGCUGGGACGGAGUUGGAGGGCUCAGAACUUCUUGAUGGGAGUCUCUUCAUUCGUGCCGCUGGAUUGACGGCAAAUGUAAUUGGAUGGUUGAAGGAGGGGCAGAAGGCUGGGGAUUGGGAUCGCUCUGGCUUCUACUGAGUCUGUUCCUGGCGUCGGUUUGUCGGUCAUCAUCUCGGCAAUGUAUGCGUAGCACUCUGUAUCUCAUCUUACUGUUCUCAAGUAUGAUCAGCCUUCGAGUAGUUAGUAAGAGGAGACAAUACUACUGUACCGGUCCUCGAUUUCGGCACAGCCUUCUACCGAUCCCCAUCCUCCCACUGCGCGAGUGAUCACAGAUCCGUCUUGGAACUUGUCUUUCUUCCAUG